AUGCACUUUGACCGAGGACCAUCCGCUCCGAACGAAACAAUCAAGUAUACCAAUUUAAUUUUCCAUCCACCUGAUUUCAUGGCCAACACAACUAGGAAAAUCGAUCCUAACGUUCCAAACUUCAAACGAUUCGUUCCUAAAUCCUUGAGAACUGACGGUCGUGUAUCUGCUGCAUCCAUGUACAGUCACAACAACACCACAAUUAACACUACAAUCCCAAUGAUUGAUUCGAGAAAAAUACAUUGA